AUGGCCACAAAAGCUCCGCCCCUCCUGCCCCUGCUGCUCUUCUUCCUCUUUGUUUGCCGUUUCAGUAGUUCAGCAGCUUCUCAACAUCUUGAUUUGUUUGAUGAAGGCUUUGGAGUAGAGGGAGUGCAUGAUGUUUCAAGACCGGAAGCAGUAGCAAGUGCUACUGCUGGAGGAGAUGGGCGAGAUGGUGGCGGAGCGUUGGAACAGGUGAUGAAUCCAGGCUUGAGGCCUGUGAACAUGGAAUGGAUUCGUGGUGCAGGGAAGAAGUUUGGGUUGCACGCUCUGGGUUCUGCUGAGGCCUUGUUACUGCUGGCAGUUUUUAUUGCCGCAGGGAUGUUUGCUGUUGCUCUCCCCAAAGAGAAGAGGGUGGACAGGACACGACCUGUGUCACCUGAGGAAGCAAAUCUCCUGGCGAAGUGGGACCGGCUGCAUAAAGAUACGCAAUCGGAGCUCAAUUUGCUACAACAGGAACUACAAGUGAUAAAGAAUGAGAGACGCCUGCUGGACGUCACGCUUCCAGCCACCCAGGCAGUGGGUGCAUCAGCACGUGCAGCCAGGCUUCUUCGGGACCUACUCAAAGAGCUGUCAGAAUUCUUGUCCAGCCAAACGUUUGCUGGUGCCAAACAACUUGUGAUAGGUGAGACAGGCAUGGACGACAUGACGUCUGGUGUGAAUCAGCUUAUGGAGAUGCCAAGAACGGUGAAACCCAUUGUGGAAGCAGUAACAGUAUUGAGUGCGAUAGUGGCAAGGGCCACAGUCGAGGACCGUGCGAUCGAGAUUAGCCGGGCCGCGCCUAGUGGCAUAGUUACAUCAUUAGAUAUCCUAGCAAAGGACACGUCAGCAUUCACAGAGCAUUGCAAAAACAUGUGGCAGGUGACUGCGGAGGUGGAGGUGCUGACGGUGUUAAGGGGAAUGGUAGAAGAUGCUGAAAAGACCCAGGAAACUGCGUUAGAUAUGACUGGAGGUGGCACGCGCCUGCAGCCUGGAGAACACCAGCUGGUAGGCGAACUCGAGAAAAAACUGGAGCAUGCAGUAAGAACAGCAAGACAAGCAGAUAGUCUUUCUGCUGUUGUGGAGGCAGUCCGUCAGUAUGCUUAUGCUAGCGGGAAGCUGUUGGAACUAGUGUGGAUGCCACAAUUCAACGUAUAG